AUGAGUCGUCUUGCAUUGGCCGAUCAAUCUCCUUACACUGGCUCUGAGUUCCAAGCCAAGGCAUAUGGUCUUUACCCAACUCAAUCGUUCGAGUCUUCGAGCCUCGAAGUUCCUGUCUUCCAGGUAAACAAGGCUGCAGGAGACAACGUCGACAGCGCCGACCGUGUCUUUAUCUCCCCCAGAGGUACUGCCGUGGAACAAAUUGCUCCUAUGAUCUUCAACUCGGACGAUCUUACUCUUGUAUGGAGCGACCCCAGCUACAAGACGACGUUCGGUGUCAGAGUACAAGAAUACAACAACUCAGACUACAUCACCUUCUGGCGUGGAGCUAUCAAGAGUUCCGGUUAUGGAAGUGGUAGCUAUAUCAUGCUGGACCACAAUUACAAUGUUGCCUACAACCUUACAACAAGGAACUUGACUGUUGGUGGAGACAUCCACGAGAUCGAACUGACCGAUAAAGGUACGGCACUCAUGACUGCCUACGAACCCAUGCAGUACAAUCUCACAGCUUAUGAUAUCGAAAACGGCUGGCUUGCCGACUCUCUGUUCGAGGAGGUUGACGUCGCUACCAACAAGCUCAUUUUCACUUGGCGCGCGUCCGAUCACGUCUCACUGAACGCAUCGUAUGCCGAUCCUGGUGCCACUGGUACUUCUCAAGACAGCCCUUGGGACUUCUUCCACAUCAACUCGAUCGAGAAGGAUGAUUCUGGUAACUACCUCGUCUCUGCCAGACAUACACACAGUCUCUACUAUAUCAAUGGAACUAAUGGCGAUGUCAUCUGGACCUUGGGCGGCAAGAACAAUGACUUUGAAGAUAAGAGCGAUGGCAACGCGACAAAUUUCGCCUGGCAACACGACGCCCGCUGGCAUUCCGAGGAUUUGACUGAACUGACUCUCUUCGAUAACGGAGCGGCGGAUUGGGUCAGGACUGAGAACUACACCCGUGGUCUCUGGCUGACCCUCAACUACGACGACAUGUCUGUCUCUCUCAAGCAAGACUACAUCAGUCCCGAACGCAUCUCGUCCAUUUCCCAGGGAAGCGUCCAGCUGCUUUCGAACGGCAACAUCUUUAUGGGCUAUGGCAGCAACGGCGCCUUUAUCGAAUACACCAAUGAAGGAGAGGCUAUCUGGGACGUUCAAUUCGGCAUCAUUGGCAACUCGAGUGUGCAGAGCUACCGUGCCUACAAGCAGAACUGGCAAGGCUUCCCUGGCUGGAACCCUAGCAUCGCUGCCACAGGAAACGGUACCGACAACACUACUGUUUACAUGUCCUGGAACGGCGCCACUGAAAUUAAGCAAUGGGCACUUCUUGCCUCGAACUCGUCUUCUUCUCUCGCUACGGCGAAUGAGCUGUGGAAGAACGUUACAAAGUCUGGUUUCGAAACAAAUGUCACCGUAGGCACCAAUGCUCGCUACAUUCGUGCUGCUGCUUUGAAUGCCGAUGGUGAAGUCCUUGGUGCCACUGACAUCGUCGACGUCAAUGAUGGUACUCUUGCUGCUGCGAAUACCAAGGUCGACAUCGGUACUGGCGAUGCAAACACCACUGUCUCCAGCUCAUCUUCCGACUCGGACUCUGCUUCUGGAUCUAGCGGUAAUGCUACCACGUCCAAGUCUGGCAAGGAUAGUGCUGCUAGCUUUACUAAUGCUUCUUCGUCGCUUGCUCUGGGAGUAGCGAUGGUUGUUCUGUUUACCUUCGGUUUGUAA